GAUGAAAGACGGUGGUUCAACUGCUUUAUGUGUUAUUAAUGUAGGUAAAGAGUUAUUUGUAAUCAAUGUUGGUGAUAGUGCUUGUGUAUUAAUUGAUAAAGAUUUCUAAAUAACUAAAUUAAACUAAGAACAUAAACCUGAUAGAGUAGAUGAGUCAAAAAGAAUUAUUGACAAUAAUGGAUUUGUUUUAACUAUUAAGUAUUAAAACAAUUAAAAAGAAAUUAGGCUAGAAUUAAUGGUGAAUUGGCAGUAAGUAGAUCUUUUGGUGAUCCAAAAUAUAUUGAACAUGGAUUAACUGCUAUUCCUGAAAUCACUAAAUUGUAAUUGAAUGAAAACUCUAAAUAUUUAAUUCUAGCCACAGAUGGAUUUUGGGAUGUGAUUACUAUUGAAACUUUACAAAAGCUUCUCAUAAAUUGGGAUAAUUUUAAAGAGAAAGAAGGUCUUUCACAAUAUUUAUUAGAAUCAGC